AUGUAUACAGCGGCAGCAGCCGGAGUAGACCGGCGUAAGCAGCAGAAGCAGCAACGUAGCAAAUUAGCAGUUAUUGUAGCAGCAGCAGCGGUUAGCUGCCGCAGCAGCAGCAACAGCAGCAGCAGCAGUGAACCAAUAGUAGCAGUAAACCGAGCGGCAGCAGCAGCAGCGGUGCUGGCAAGCAGCAGAAGCAGCAGCAGCGGCAGCCGCAGCAGCGUUGUUGCAGCAGCAGCCAGCGCAGUAGUGAUAUAUUAACAAGCAGCAGCAGCAGCAGCAGCAGCAGCAGCAGCAGCACGCAGUGCAGCAGCAGCAGCAGCAGCAGCAGUAGCAGUAGCAGCAGCAGCAGCGCGUUUGCCAACAGCAGCAGCGGCAGCAGCAGCAGCAGCAGCAGCAGCAGCAGCAGCAGCAGCAGCAGCAGCAGCAGCCGCAGCGGCAGCAGCAGCAGCCGGUGCCACAGCAAACCGGCGCCAGCAGCAGCAGCAGCAGCAGUCAGCAGCAGCAGCAGUGCCAGCAGCAGCAGCAGCAGCAGCAGCAGCAGCAGCAGCAGCAGCGGCAGCAGCAGCAGCAGCAGCAGCAGCCACCAGCACAAGCAGCAGCAGCAGCACCAGCAGCAGCAGCAGCCGUAAAGCAGCAGCAGCAACAGCAGCAGCAGCAGCAACCGCAGCAGGCAGCGAACCGCAGUAG